UAACGCUCAUGACCUCUGAAUCUGAAUUGACUCGUGCGCUACAGUUAUGAGCAAAGUCUCCGGGUUCUUUAAGAAGACGGGUUUUAGCUCAUGUUUGGUGGCGUGUUUCUACAGUGCACGUGUCAAUAGUGAACAUUAUUUCGUACAAUUCAGAAGACGCGGAGUGUUACAAAUUUGUGCUACAUUCUACGUUAAAUAAGAGUUGAGGGUCUACCUCAAUGACUAAGUUUCGUUGUGCAUUCUUCUUUCUAUAGCCAGAAAAUAGAUAUUAUCUGUCCCAUAGGUCGUCUAAUGUGAAACACCAAAAUGAGACAUAUCCGCGCUGUGAUUUCAUCUACAAAAUUAGUAGAAUCAGUGCGUCAAACUUUAAUAUUCCUGGUUGUCAUAGUAAUCUAGGUGGCCUUCUAAAGCAUCACUACGUACGUUUAGUUGAGUAAAAAGUCCCUCAUCGUUUUUUUUGCCAGUGUCCGGAAAACCUUUGAAAAUAAAAUGUUGAUGGUUUGCAAGUGUAUGGUCUUAGGAAAUCUAAAUCUAGUGCUCUAUCUGACCACAACUUAGAAUUAACGAGGUCAGCUUAAUGCAAUAGUUAGCGCAUGUUGUAAUAGUGCCAACCACUUUGGAGUGAGCAUUUCCCAUAUUUUGGUUCCUUUGUCGUAUGUCUUAUAACAUUUAUGCUGCUAAUCGAGUGGCUAGAUAAAACUAUGUGAUUUUCUUAGGUUACCAAGCCCUCAAUUUAAAGCUAUUCUGAAAGGAGUUGAGCCGUUUUAGACCCUGCAUACGUAAUAGUAGUCAGUGGAUACAAUAUAUUUAUCCGUCAUGUAGCUUUAUUCGAAGUGUUUGAACUUUUCAAUCAUUUGUAUCGUUACUGUAGGCAGACGUGCGUAACUGCUUAUUGUAAGCCCCGACAUCUACUUUCAUCGUUUUGCUUUUAUAGGAAAGCUUUCUCACGUCAGAAAAAUCUUUUAGUCCAUGGUAAAUGUGCAUUUAGCUCUUCGCAGAAGUAAUAGAGCAUUUUCUUUUAUAGAAAAAGCAUAUGGGUAGUCGUUUUACUAGUGUAAAACCAUGUAUUGAAGCAUAUCCUCUAUUAUUCGAAGUGAAUUUGUGUAUCCUUGGACUCCGUGUGAGAUCCAAAAUACUGGUCUUGAAUAAGAGUAGUGGUUGUUUUGAACUUUGUUUAAUUUUGUACGUGGUAGCGUCACAGAAUUUAAGCUCUUCGAGGGCCUAUGUACUUGUUGCUGUUUUUGUCUGACAAUUAGCCCGCUACUCAUUAGUUUGUAUUCUUGUCUUGUGUCGUAAGGUAAUUUGUAGAUAUAUCGUAUUUCCCUUUGGAUGGUUUAGGUAGUCGUUUCUUCACAACCACUUCUGGAUGCUUGGUAGAGGAGCCCAUUGUUCUAAGCAAAUUGAAACGGGGGACUGGUGGGAGAGCCUCAUUUAAUGGCAUGACCGUGACCGUGUUUGGUGGGACUGGAUAUUUAGGCCGGAAUUUAAUGGCACAGCUCGCCAAAACUGGAACACAGAUUAUCCUUCCAUACAGAUGUGAUCCUCAUAUGAUCAGAGAUGUAAAAGUUAUUGGGGAUCUGGGACAAGUUUUAUUUUUGCCUUUUGAUUUGAAAGAUGAUGAAUCCUUAAGAAAAGCCAUGAAGUAUAGUGAUGUGGUCAUUAAUCUAACAGGCACAGAUUCUGACACUAGAAACUUUACUAUUGAACAUGUACACAUUGAUGCGGCCUCGCGGAUUGCAAGGAUAUCUAAAGAAUUAGGAGUUCAGCAACUGGUUCAUGUAUCUGCACUGUGUCAAAAUAAGAAUCCUCCGAAAUAUGUUCGGAAGCCCUCUCGAUAUAUGAUAUCUAAAGCAAUUGGUGAAGAGGAGGUUCUGCGUGAACGCCCAGACGCUACGAUUUUCAGACCAGCUGAAAUAUGGGGACCACAUGAUCGUUUUUUGUGCUAUUUUGCUUCAAGACCUCGGCGAUUCCAUAGAUUUCAAAAUGUUCAUAUCCCAUUAUGGGCUCGUGGCAAAAAUACCGUAAAGCAACCUGUUUGUAUACAUGAUCUUGCCCGUGGAAUUGUCAAUUCAUUGCAUAAUCCAGAGUCACUAGGACAGAUUUAUGAAGCCGUUGGUCCUCAUCGUUAUCGAUUAGAUGACUUAGUAAAGUGGAUUUAUUUCAUUUGUCGAUACUUACCUAGUGAGGUAUACGUAACUUCAAUGACCCCCUUGUUUUUAGCCCGAACUUACAUCUAUGAACGUCUUUCUCCCAAUUAUUCCCACCUUACAUUUGAACGGUUAGAGAGAGAAAGUGCUACGGAUAUUUUAUCUGGUUGCCCAACACUUGAUGACCUUAAUGUCAAGCUAAGCAAAUUGGAGGACCACAUUAAUCAUAUUGUAUUUCUUUACCGCCGGCAGCAUUUCUAUUGGGACGCUCUUGGUGAAUUUCCGGAACCACCUCCUCCUCCUAUCCAAUUUCAAUAAGUUUCUGCUUAAUUUGAAUUCAAUACCUAGAAUUCAUAGUAUGGUAUUGUUGUUUGAGAAAUAAAUAUAUACAAACAAUCACUCAGCAUUAAUGCAAAAUUUUAAAUUGCCUAAUCAGUUUAUUACAAUGGGUGGUAAUGUAGUUAUAGAAAUUUAAACUUGAACAUAG